AAAACUCAUUCAUAGUCAAGUGGAGCACACAAUGUGAAGUAGUGACUGUCGAACUAACCUGGGUCAUAUUUUUCAUUUAAUCUAUGUUGCUCCCUCUGUCUCCACAGCUCAUGCUAGCUUUCAUGAAAGAUUUUGUUAUUUUACUAAUUUCACAAACAAUAUAAUUUUAAAUUCAGUACUAUGAAUUCUGUUUUAAAUCCGGAGGCUCCAGAAUUCUACCCCCACUUGACAUCGGUUACACAGGGUGGCUAUGUAUCAGUUAACAAAUCAAUCAAAUCAGUGAAUGCUAUGCCAUUUGGACAUGCAUAUGAUCUCUUCAAAACAUUUACUGACUUCAACAUUUUAACAUGCCAUUUAAGCGAAAAUGUAGUUCUCCAAUCGAACCAAAUAGUUGCAACCGAAGUACCAGCUGUGAAGUUAAAACUCAAAGAUCUCGAAUACAACACAGAGAAAAUUAUUGAUGUGAACGACAGUAUCAUAGACAGGAUCAAUAUAAACAUAGACAGUGAAACAGGUGUCAAUGAACCGAGCAACAAUUUCAUUAAAGGAAUCUUGACAAAGCCGAAUAUUUCAGCAUGGAAUGCCGCACCGGUCAUUGCCAAGAUCCAGGUGGGUUCUGCAACAUUUAUCGGUGCUAAAAAUAUUCCGCGACCUCAACUCAACUUCAAAGACCCGAUCGACAACUCUGAAAAUUUGUGGGUGCCAAAAAUAUCAGACAAACCAAACAACAUCAAGCCGCUGGCUCUGAACAUUCUAUACAACGACGAAGGCGAGGCAGUAGGGUACGAACACCCUUAUAAAGUUGAGUUGGAUCUUUACAACCCGCCCGCUCAAUUUAUCGAACCCGAUGCACAACCAUUCCCGUUCCCUGCGCCCCUGGAAGAGACGACCCUCACGUAUGUGGACACCGAGGAGAAGCUCGACGCCCUGGUCGCGCACCUCCACACCGUCAACGAACUAGCCAUUGAUCUGGAACACCACUCGUACAGGACGUAUCAAGGUAUUACUUGUCUUAUCCAAGUGACCACCAUUGAAGGAGGUGAUUUCAUUAUAGACGCGCUUGCAAUUCGUGAGCAUGUACACAAACUGAAUCUUGCAUUUACGAACCCGAAAAAGAUUAAAGUAUUCCACGGUGCCGAGAACGACGUGAUAUGGCUGCAACGGGACUUCGGGGUCUAUUUAGUCGGCAUGUUUGACACGCACCAAGCUGCUCUGGUGCUUAAGCUAUCUGGACUAUCACUGAAGCAUCUUCUCAUGAAGUACUGCCAUGUUAAUGCCGACAAGAAGUACCAGUUAGCGGACUGGCGCAUGCGCCCCCUGCCGGCGGAGUUGAUAGAGUACGCUCGCAUGGACACGCAUUACUUGCUCUACAUCUGGCGACAGAUGAAGGCCGAGUUGCUGAAGGAGGGCGAGCCUCACCUCCUGCUGUCCGUCUUCGAGAACAGCAGACAGAUCUGUGGAGCCACUUAUAACAAGGAGGUCGUGAACGAUUCCAGUCACAUGUCGUUAUUCGUGCGCUCCAAGAAAUCGUUUACCUCGCAGCAGAUGACAGCUCUCAAGAUGCUUUACAAAUGGCGAGACACCCAGGCGCGCUUGCUCGAUGAAAGUACCACAUAUCUUCUCCCCAACCACAUGCUCCUGGCUCUCGCCGAGACGUUGCCGCGUGAGGUGCAGGGCGUGAACGCGAUCUGCUGCCCCAUGCCGCCCUUCGUCAAGCAGAACCUGCUCACUAUACACAGAAUGAUACUGUCGUGCCGCGAGAUGCCGAACCAGCCGCAACUGUACCAGAUGCCGUCGAGCAUCAGGAACAUGGUGAACGCUGCCGCCAUUCAGCCCAUGAAUACGUACAACGUUCACGACCUCGCGCACUACGUCGAUGUGAGUGAAGAGAAUGCUAUCAACUUGGACCGCGCAGCUGAACUGUUAGAGGAUUGUAACACCUCGGAACCGGAGAUCGAAGCUUUCUUACCGCAGACGACCAUGAUAUCGUAUGGGACAAUCAUCUCGGAUUUGAACGCCGAUGCGAAACUAUUCAUUCCACCUUAUGAUAGAUACAGAAAAUAUCGUUCCCUAGCUCAGAUGGAAGAAAUUAAAGAAUUUAAAGAUAAGGAAGCGAAAAUUACGGCUAUAAGUAAAGGCAACGAAUUGAUCAAGGCUGAGGUCCUUGCGAAACUACAACAAGCGAAGACACAGGUCGAAAACGAAGGUCAGAAUGUCAGUGAAACGAAGGAAAUGGUAGAUGUUGGCGAAGUAGAUGACGCACUAAAGAAAACGCAACAACGCAAAAGGAAAAUAUCAACCGUAAAAGUAGAAAACAAAAAAUCCGCUGACAUUGUCACUGAGAACAAGAAAAAAGAACUACUCAACACGAAUCCACAACACAACCUGAAAACGUUUGCUUACAAAAACGUUGACUACAAAAAGUUUUAUAACAACACUAAUAAAGAACACAACCAGAAACAACAUAAAAUGAAAUUUAAAAAAUAUAAAAAGUAGUUGCAUAUGUUUAAGCGAAACUAUACAUUAAUAUAUAUAGUUCGUUUUAUUUA